CAUUUACUAUCAUAAAAUGAGCUUCUCAGAUAGCAGAAACAACUCCUUUCCAGGAGGAAAAAAAAAGGAAAAAAUGAAAAUGGGGCUGAUCAAGGCCUUCACAAUCCUCUGCUCAUGGUUUUUACUGGCUUCGGCAGAAAGAUCUACUUACAUAGUCCAUAUGGACAAAUCUUUGAUGCCCAAGGCUUUUUCCAGUCACCGUUAUUGGUACUCUUCCACUCUUCAAUCCGUUAAAUCAGUUGGACUGACCUCAUUAGGUGCUCAAAAUCCUUCACCAAAGCUUGUAUAUACAUAUGACCAUGCCUUUCAUGGAUUCAGUGCUGUGCUGUCCACAGAUGAAUUGGAAGCUUUGAAGAAGUCAACAGGGUUUCUUUCGGCUUAUCCAGACGGUAUUGUCAUGCCUGACACCACGCAUACUUACAAAUUUCUUUCUCUCAAUACUGCCACAGGCAUAUGGCCAGCAUCUGAGUAUGGUAAAGAUGUGAUUAUUGGUAUUAUUGACAGCGGUGUCUGGCCAGAAAGUCCGAGCUUCAAAGAUGAUGGAAUGACAGAAAUUCCUGCUAGAUGGAAGGGAAUUUGCCAGCCAGGUGAAGAGUUCAAUUCUUCAAUGUGCAAUAAGAAACUCAUAGGAGCAAGAUACUUCAAUCAGGGAGUUCAGGAAGCAAAUCCCGGGCUUACCAUAAUAAUGAAUUCUGCAAGGGAUGAUUCAGGUCAUGGCACACAUGUGGCGGCCACUGCAGCUGGAAACUACGUUGAUGGUGUUUCAUUCUUUGGCUACGCUCCAGGAAUGGCGAGAGGAGUGGCUCCACGUGCUAGGCUUGCUGCAUAUAAAGUCCUCUGGAAUGAAGGAAACCUUGAAUCCGAUGUUCUCGCAGGUAUUGACCAGGCUGUGGCUGAUGGAGUUGAUGUACUGUCAAUUUCUCUGAGUUAUGGUAGGACUAAUGUGUAUGAAGAUCCUAUUGCCAUAGCUGCAUUCGGUGCCACAGAGAAGGGAAUCUUUGUUUCUACUUCAGCAGGAAACAGCGGACCAGAUUUCGGAACUUUAAUAAAAGGAAUCCCCUGGGCAGUGUUAGUGGCUUCGGGAACUGUUGAUCGUUGGUUUGCCGGGACCUUAACUCUAGGGAAUGGUUUGUCCAUCACCGGAUGGAGCUUGUUUCCCGCUAGAGCCACAAUCAGAAACUUGACUCUCACUUACAAUGAAACCUUAUCUGCCUGCAAUUCAACUGAAUUACUGUCUGAAGCCCCUCAAGGUGGUAUCAUUAUAUGUAACCAAUCUGAUGAAACAGUAGACUUCUUUUUCCUGUGGCGGUAUCUGUCGGAAUCCAAUGUUCGUGCAGCCGUAAUCAUAUCCGAAGAUACUGGUAUACUUCGAUCAGACACUUUUCCUUUCCCAGGAGUGGUAAUUACCCCCAAAGAUGCGAAAGAUGUAAUCAACUACGCAUCUAAGAGUGCUGACCCACUUGCUAGCAUUGAGUUUCAACAAACAAUCUUGGGAACAGAGCCCAGAUCUGCUCCAGCAGUAUCGGGAUCCUCAUCAAGGGGUCCUGGACGAAGCUACCCAGGCAUACUAAAGCCAGACAUAAUGGCACCAGGAGUGUUAAUCUUAGCAGCCUACUAUCCUUAUACUAAUGUUGCAAGCAUUGGUCACAACAUAUUCUUGUCCAGUGACUACACACUCUUGUCAGGUACAUCAAUGUCUUGUCCUCAUAUAUCUGGAAUUGCAGCCCUUCUCAAAGCCACACAUCCCGACUGGAGUCCUGCAGCUAUUCGAUCCGCCAUGAUGACCACCGCAAAUCCACUUGAUAACACUCAGAAACCCAUCAAGGACAUGGGAAACGAUUAUCAAGUUGCUACGCCACUCGACAUGGGGGCAGGACAAGUUGAUCCUAAUCGCGCUCUUGAUCCAGGACUCAUUUAUGAUGCUACCCGACAAGACUACGUAAACUUUGUUUGUGCGUUGAAUUUUACUCGAGAACAAACUCAAACUAUCGUACGAUCAAGCUACAGUUGCUCAAAUUCAUCAUUGGAUCUGAAUUAUCCAUCUUUCAUCGCUCUUUACGACAUUGAAGAAAAAAGAAGUGCAUUGAAUCAAAAAUUCCACAGGACUGUCACAAAUGUAGGAGAUGGUGUUGCUACAUACAAAGUCAAAGUUAAAAGACCAAAGGAUUCUACCAUCACUGUAUCACCAGAAACAUUAGUCUUCCAAAAGAAGUAUGAGAAGCGAAGCUACUCUGUGAGCAUUCAUUAUAGGAGUUACAGCAGGACUGUUAUUAACGAUGGUUCACUCACUUGGGUUGACGAGAAUGGCAAGCACUCGGUGAGGAGUCCAAUUGUGGUUACUCGACGAGUCUUUAAUGAGUAGGUUUUAUGGCAUUAUAACGAUAUGUAUCUUUCAUCAUUUUAGUAGAACAUAAUCCUAUUCCAAUUCUUAAAACUAAUGCCAACUACAGGAAACAUUGGUAUGGCUAAA